AUGGCUUAUGAACUGCUAUUCAACGGCAAGGGACACGAGAGGAUCAUGCCGAUAGUAGUAAAAUCGCAGCCGAUACUAGAACAUUUACGUAUAGUCGCCUGUGGUCUUUCUGAUAUUCAUUGCUGGGAUGUCUUGGCACGCAACCAAUUCACACAGCUGACAAGUUUGGGGUUGACGGACAUCACUGAGGCAGGAUGGAUUGUGUGGGCACAACGACUUGAGGAAACCAAAAUACUGAAUCUGGAACUGACAGCCGUGAAAGGUGUUACUGGUGCUGUCCUUGAGCAUUUUGAACAAGUCGAAAGCUCGGUGCUAUUGCGUGUUUCACGGAUCUAUAGUCUCACCAAUGCAGGCAUCAAUGCUUUUCGUAUCAUUGAAGGAUCUAAUCCAGGAUUGAUAAAAAGGCAGCACGAUGUGGAUCUGGUCGGCAGCGAGUCUGGUGCCCUUUCAAACCUGAGCGAAAGCACAGACUAAUUUUUUUUGGUUACCCUAUGCUUUCCUUAUAUAUCAGAAAUGCUUGUGUACCUCUUUUCGUCACAAAAGGGAUCACCUCGCACUCUAUAUGAUAUAGUCUCUGUGACAGAAGAGAGAAAAAAAAAUGAAGUGAGAAUAUUCUUUCUUCCGUUGUUGAAUAGAAAGACCAUCGUCGCCUCCUCCCCUCUCCCUUUAUGACC